UCCCCUGCGCUGGCGAACCGAGCGAACUCACUGAGCAACGCGGCCGGGCUAUGACCCCAGGGCCGCUGCUGCUGCUGCUGCUGGGGGCGCUGGGGGCGCCGCUCGCCCCGGGCGCCCGCAGCACGGAGGCAGAGGGCCGGCUCCGCGAGAAGCUUUUCUCGGGCUAUGACAGCUCGGUGCGGCCGGCGCGGGAGGUGGGGGACCGUGUCGGGGUCAGCAUUGGCCUCAGCCUGGCGCAACUCAUCAGCCUGAACGAGAAGGAUGAGGAGAUGAACACAAAGGUGUACUUAGACCUGGAGUGGACUGACUACAGGCUGAGCUGGGACCCCGCGGAGCACGACGGCAUCGAUUCACUCCGCAUCACGGCGGGAUCCGUGUGGCUUCCGGACGUGGUGCUCCUAAACAACAACGACGGGAAUUUUGACGUUGCUCUGGACUUGAACGUCGUGGUGUCCUCCAAUGGUUCCGUGCGCUGGCAGCCUCCGGGCCUCUACCGUAGCAGCUGCAGCAUCCAGGUCACCUACUUCCCCUUCGACUGGCAGAACUGCACUAUGGUGUUCAGUUCCUACAGUUAUGACAGCUCCGAGGUCAGCCUGCGGACCGGCUUGGGUCCUCAUAAGCAGGAGCGGCGGGAAGUGCACAUUCAUGAAGGGACCUUCAUUGAGAAUGGCCAAUGGGAAAUUAUCCACAAGCCUUCUCGGCUAAUCCAGCCUCCAGCGGAUCCUAGGGGAGGGGGGGAAGGACAGCGGCAAGAAGUCACCUUCUACCUCAUCAUUCGCCGGAAGCCUCUCUUCUACCUGGUCAAUGUCAUUGCCCCAUGCAUCCUCAUCACUCUCCUGGCCAUCUUCGUCUUCUACCUGCCGCCAGAUGCAGGAGAGAAGAUGGGGCUGUCCAUCUUUGCGCUGCUGACCCUUACCGUGUUCCUGUUGCUGCUGGCAGACAAAGUCCCUGAGACCUCCCUGUCUGUCCCCAUCAUUAUCAAGUACCUCAUGUUUACCAUGGUCCUCGUCACUUUCUCAGUCAUCCUGAGCGUCGUAGUCCUCAACCUGCACCAUCGCUCACCCCACACCCACCAAAUGCCCGUUUGGGUCCGCCGGAUCUUCAUCCACAAACUCCCUCUAUACCUGGGUCUGAAGAGGCCCAAACCUGAGAGAGACCUGAUGCCGGAGCCACCUCCUGUAGCCCUCAGGGAUUCUCCAGGAAGUGGCUGGGGUCGGGGAACAGAUGAAUAUUUCAUCCGGAAGCCACCGAACGAUUUUCUCUUCCCCAAACCCAACAGGUUCCAGCCUGAAUUGACUGCCCCGGACCUGCGGCGACUUACCGAUGGUCCAACCCGGGCUGUGGGCCUGCCUCCCGAGCUACGGGAGGCCGUUUCCUCCAUCAGCUACAUCGCUCGGCAGCUGCAGGAGCAGGAGGACCGCGACGCACUGAAAGAAGACUGGCAGUUUGUAGCCAUGGUAGUGGAUCGCCUUUUCCUGUGGACCUUCAUCAUCUUCACGAGCGUUGGGACCCUCGUCAUCUUCCUGGACGCUUCGUACCACUUGCCCCCUGCCGACCCCUUUCCUUGAGGACAGAGGGCCAAGACGCAGGUCCUCGGCCAGCUGAACUGAGAGUUGGGCAGUGCUGUCAAGGCCUGUGCCUUUCUGCCUCUCGACUCCACUAGGAAUCCAGGCUUCCCAUAUCAUU